ACAGGAACUGCCUGGGGCUGCCCGCCCUGCCCCUCUGACGUGCAGACCCUGAAGUGAAACUUCAGCUCUAGCGGCAGCUCAAGAGUCCUGCGGAACACAACCCAGGCUCUCCAAGGUGACCCUUCUUUGGAUGCCAUGGCAGAAGCAGGAGCCUGGAAGCUGCCCCCGCCACUGCCCCCUCGGCUGGACUGGUUUGUGCACACGCAGGCAGACCAGCUGGCCCAAGACGGGAUCCCAGAGUGGUUCCACGGCACCAUCACGCGGCAAGCUGCCGAGAGCCUGCUGGAGUCUCAACCACUGGGAACCUUUCUUAUCCGAGUCAGUCACAGCCACGUGGGCUACACCCUUUCCUACAAAGCCCAGACCUGCUGCCGUCACUUCAUGGUAAAGCUCUCAGACGACGGGACUUUCAUCCUUGCUGGGGACCAUACGACCCAUGUCUCUCUGGACGCCCUGGUCUCAUUCUACCAGCAGAAACCUAUUCGGCCGUAUGGGGAGUUGCUGACCCAAGCCUGCGGGCAGGAGGAUCCAGCAAACGUCGACUACGAAAAUCUCUUCCUGUACUCCAGUGCCCUGGCUCAAGACGCUGAAAGCCAAGCUGGUGGCCCCACGGAAGGCCAGAGGCCUGCUUCCUGCCCACCCGAGGAGGCUCCAGAAAGGAAACCUUCCACUGCAACUGAUGGAAAGCUCGCAUCAGCCCCCAGCUCCCCAAAAGCACUUUUUGGGGAGGCGAGACAGAAACUGUGGAAGAACCUGAGGACACUGCCAGAGACCAGCCGGAGGGUGAAACAGCGGCUCACUUCGCACCUGUCUGCCACAAACCUGCUGGGGGACGCCAGGUCUGUGACACAGCAUCACAGACCUAUGACGCGAGCAUCCAGCUGGGACAGUGCCCGCCACUCCGCAGGUGCCGGUGCAGCCACCUCUUUCCAGAACCCCUCAGAACCCCAGGCCUGGAGAGGCGGAGAAGCCACCUUCACAGCCUCCAGGCCUGCCGGCUGGAGGGAGGUGGUCUCAGGGGCCAAGGCCUGGCGUGAAAAGCUGGUGAGGGCCCUCUCAGUCCAGGCAACCAAAUCAGAGCCUGUGGACUUGCCAGAAGCCCAGGACUGGCUACCUGAGGAAUACCGCCCACCACCGCCUUUCGCCCCUGGCUACUGACAGCAUCCCCUCUGUCUUGGUAGUCCCCACGGCUGUCCUCCCAACCAGGAAACUGUGCUAAAGAAAGAGGUUAUGGGGCUGAAUUCUGCAGUUGCCAGCCGAGGGACCUGAUGUCCUGACUUGGGUGAGAUGGCCCAGCGGUAAGGGGGUAAAGGCACUUGCAGGCAAACCUGACUUCCUGAGAUCGAUCUCCAGUAGUCAUAUGAUGCAAGGUGAGACCCAAUUCUGAAAGUUGUCUUCUGACCUCCAUAUACAUGUGUUGAUAUACACACAUGUUUUGACACAUAUAUGUAGUAAGCAUAACCUUAAAAAUACUUACUACAGCGACUUGGUGGGCAAAGCACAUGCCGGGCCUGUAUCCCAACCUCUGAUCGUGGGUAGAUCACGAUCUGUAGAGUCCUCUGUAUCCGUGGGCUCCACAUUUCACAUUCAGCCACAUUAGCCUACUUAGGGAACUCCUGACCAGUGUUAAAACAAAUCUGAGCAGGCAGGAUGACUCGGGUAAGGCACUUGCUGCUGAGCCUGAGGAUCUGAACUUGAGCUCUGGGAUCCCGGUGGAAGGAGAGCUCAGACUCCUGCAAGCUGCCCUCCGACCUCCACACACGCUGUGGCACACAUGUGUCUCUUCCCCACUAAUAAAUAAUAUUAUAAAAAAAAUUAAAGCCAACUUGGACAGCCUCUAAGGAGCAACAGCCAGAGUUGUCCUCUGACACCCACUUGCAUGAGAACACACAUGCAUGUGCAUGCCCCCCAACCCAAAGACUCCUGUACAGGGCGGGGACUGGCAAUGGCCUCUGAAGUGCUGUGUGAACUGUGAUGAACGUAGACUUCUCUGGUCUUCAUUUGGGAGCUGGAGAAGACAGCGGUCCCUUCUCAGGAGGAGCAAACAGAAAAGAGACAAGGAGAACCUGGGGCUUUUGGUUAUCACCAUCGCUAUUACCGUGAAUUGAGACAGGGUCUCAUUAUGUAUUCCUGGUUGUGCCAGAACUGACAGAGAUCCGCCUGCUACGCCUCCUGGGUGAUAAUAUUAAAGUUGUGCCCCACCAA